ACAAUUAACCUAGUUAACCAACCCACGCAUACUAACGUGCCUAUCCCUCGAUAUAACCAUCUCGUUUUUGAGCAGUUCACUCCUUUGAUUAUUAUCGUUUCACAACUCAUGUUUGAUGCUAGAAUUGUGAUGAUGAUAAAGGAAGUUUGGCCCCUCUCUAGUCCUUUUAUAAAGACUUUCAUUCGAGGAAGUCUAUUAGGGGACUAGGAAACAUUAAUUUACCCUAAACCAACUAUGAAAACAUGUUUGAUUAUGUUGCCAAGGAGUGAGAGUACUUAAUAUGGGCCCGUCUCUGAUUCUUUGUUUAAUUAAUGGGCUUUAACGAGCUUCGUCUUUAAUAGUAGGCCCAAUAAAAGCUGGAAUCUGUUGAUGGCGGGGGUGGAGGUCAAACUAUCUCUCACUUGCAAAGUCACAAUCAAUCUGGGGUGAUUUUUGGAUACAUUGAUCACUAGCAUGUGCUUUUCGUAUAUCUUUACAUCUUGUUGGAUUAUUUGUUUUGUUGGAUAACUUGUCUGAGGAACCUAUAAGGCUAGAUAUCUAUAAUAAUAAAGGAGGAUUUUCUCUCACCAGAGGCUGCCACGUCAGCAAGGAGGAUGGGGGGGUUUUGCGCCACGUCACUACCUUUAACCUGCGUUAAAUCUCAUUUACGGACUGUCUUGGGCUUCGUCGAUUGGGCUUGGUUGUUUUGUGCUUAGUCACACUGGAGAUAUGAAUAUUGUUCUCAUUAGUCUUAAGCCCAUCUUAAUAUGCACUUCAUAACAAACCCUAUCACCUUCCCUUCGUGGUGCCUUUGAUCUGAGAAACGGCUGCACCUCCAGUAAUGGCUGCAUUAACCCUUGCAUUCAAUCUCAGUAAUGUCAACCCCCACUAUGUAGCAUUACUCAUCAGCUCUGUCCUCGUCAUCUUCUCCAUGAUUUCAAACCUAUAAAUUGGCGUCUCUGGAUAGAUGGUUUCCACAGAUUAUUCACUCCUCUCAACUCAUAAUUCAACAACAUCCUUCCAAGAACGAUGGCAGCUUCCCAGAUAUGGCCUUCCGAGUUCAAGCCAGAGGGUUGUGAGGAAGCGGCCGUGGGGGAGAUAUGCGGCAGAGAUCCGUGACCCGGUAAAGAAAACCCGGGUUUGGCUCGGGACAUUUGAUACGGCGGAGGAAGCCGCUAGAGCUUACGACACCACCGCUAGAGAGUUUCACGGCUUCAAAGCAAAAACUAAUUUCUCUCUUCCCGGUGAGUCUCCGACGAGCGACGGUUCCAUCGGCCGGUCGGAGAUGACAACGCGCCGGAUAGAGAUGGUGGGGAGAUUCCCGUUUGCAUGGCACCGGCAGAAUAAUGUCUCCAGCGGGUUACCACCGAAUGUUGCCGGCUUUUUCUUCGAUCCGUCAAGGGCUGCUGCAUUAAGGGUUGAGCUUUCUCAAGUCUAUCCGGUUCAGUUUGAUCCGGUUAAUAUCGAGCUGAGUAUUGGUAUUCCAGAGACCGUAAAGGUUCAUUUUUUGGUGUCGAAACACUUGAAUUGGGCUCAAAUCUGAUCAAGAUUAGCGAGAAGAUUGAAGAUUAGUGGAAAAUAAAAGAGAAGAAAGGAUAUGUAGGAUUAUCACAGAAGAUGAUGCUACCAUCAAAUGGCUCUUUGGAAGUGAUAGAAAGCUCUGCUACCACCACCCUUAAUUCGGGUCAACUCAAGAAACUGGCUAAAUUCAAUCAACAAAAAGUGAAUCAGUGUCAAAGUUUUCAUCUAAAUGAUGUAUAUGAACAAACGCAGUGGUGAGUUUAAUGAAAGUUGUUGGAGCACGGUGGAGAAGUGGUGGCAUUGUAUUGGCGAGUGAUGGCCAUAACGGUAUAUUGAAUCACCAGGAAGCGGUGUGCUCAUGGCAUGGCUGUGAUGGUUGUGUAAUUUUCCAAAAAAAUACAGAGGAGACAAAGAAACAGACGUCGAGAAGAGAUGAGUUUUUGCAUCAGCAAUUUUUGUAUUCAGAAGCCAUGGAGGCCAGAUCGAAGGUGUAUAUAAGGACGUGUCGGCAAAGCCAGAAAAAAAAGUGUUAUUACUUAAUCGACAAGAAGCCUAAAGCCUUAAUGAACUCAAAAAUAUCAGUGUGUGAAAGCAAAUUUGGAAGUGUGCUGGCUAGAGUUAGUAGAAUCAUAUUAUGAUCAAGUUAUAUAUGGGUAAGAACGCAUUACACAGAAUCCAUAUUGCUUGAAUUUUUCUCA